CUCAGAUUUGAAACUAUUGAACACUGACCUCCAUAUCGGGGAUUUUUUAAGGGGGAGAAUCAACUUUCUCAUCGACAGUUGUGAUGUCUGCCAAAGCUGCGAGCAAGGUUGUUAAGCAGUUAGCGGGGAGUGGGACAGGUCAGAGCUUAAUGGAUAGAGUCACGCAAGCAAAGUACAGUUUGGCAGGUUCUGGUCUCGGGAAAGUCGUAGCGAAAGCAACCACAGAGGAAAUUGGUGCUCCGAAGAAAAAGCACAUUGAUUACCUAGUAAACUGCAGUAAUGAACCUAAUGUCUCUAUCCCACUACUUGCUGGGCUUCUUGUGGAAAGGACACAAGAAAAAUCAUGGGUGAUUGUCUUUAAAGCUCUCAUAACUACUCACAACCUUAUGAAUUUUGGGAAUGAGGUAACAAAUUAUAAGGUCCCACUGUUUCAUCAUAGAAAUUUUCACAUUAUCUUGCCUCCAAUAACUGUCCAAUUGACCUUCCACAUUUUAAUGAUAAAACAAGCUCUCAGUCUUAUGAAAUGUCCAUAUUCAUUCGCAAGUAUUCAAAAUACUUGAGUGAAAAAGUUGCUUCUUACAGAGCUAUGGCUUUCGACUUUUGCAAAGUGAAACGAGGGCGUGAUGAUGGUGUUUUGCGAACAAUGCCAGUUGAUAAGUUAUUGAAAGCUCUUCCUGUGAUGCAAUCUCAAAUAUUAACUCUAUUAGAAUUUGAUGCUCUGGAAAAAGACUUGAACAAUGCAAUUAUUAACGCUGCUUUCCUAUUGUUGUAUAAAGAUCUGAUUCGUUUAUUUGCCUCAUAUAAUGAGGGUAUGAUUAAUUUGAUAGAGAAAUACUUUACUUUGAAACGAAGACAAUGUCGUCUUGGCUUGGACCUAUAUCAUGCUUUUCCAGGUUUAUUAUCGAAGCUUACUGAAUUCCUUGCACUUGCUGAGAGUUUGGGAAUUGGCGAUAAGGAUAGUCUAGGUCUACAACCGGUCCCAGAGAAAGUUAUUCAAGCCAUGGAGCAACACUUGCGAAUUUUGGAAAGUAAAAAGGGAUCAGAUGAUGAAGAUGAAGAGACUCAUACUUCAACCAAACCAAAUGUACCAAAGAAGCCAACACUCCCUGUACCUAUUCCAAGUCAAACCGUAAUCUCCACUGAAGCUAACAAGAUUUCUAGCCAUAAUCCACCUAAUCGAAACAGAGAUUACAAUGACGCUGCUGAAUCAAUAAACAAAACACAUGAUUCUAAUAUUCUGGAUCAAUCUGAACAAUUGAACGAUGAUACAACUGAACCGACUGUUGCAUCAUAUCCAACUUUGGUCUUAAAUGAUGAAGAUGGAUUACCUUCCGCUUUACAAGAGGAGAUAAUUGCAACUGCUAAAGGUCACUUAAAUGAAACACUUGUCAAGAGUUCCGAAGCUGUAAAACGUUCAACUCAACAAGGUGCAGUUAAAGUUCCAGUACAUACACAAUUGGGCAGAUCGGAACAUCGAACUGUAUCAGUGCCACCGACACGUUCACGAUCACCAUCACCAGCUCGUCCACCCCCAUCACCUAAACGUCAAUAUGAGAAAACUACACCGAAACAACCAUCGAUCAGUGCAAGCGAUAGUGAAGCAAUUGAUGAUGACAAUACUGAUGGUAUCAAUAAGACAAAACAUAAUUCAUCAUCAUUAGGUCUUAAUGUAGAAGUGAAUGCACAGACUGAUUCUGCAUCUGUAUGUGCUAGUCCUUUUGCUGGUGAUGAAGAACCAGUUGAACCGGUAACUGAUACUGAUACUAAUGUAUGGUCAAAUAAAUCAUCAGAAGCUCAUGUUGAACCAAUGCAUGGUAGCAAUCAACAUUCAGCAAUCGAUGAUUUACUUGGUCUUGACUUAUGGUCCACUAAUGAUUCUAUUCCACAAACCAAUAUUGAACCUAUACCUUUCUCAGCUCAAACUGAGUCUGUUGGAAAGGAGUCUGAAUCAAAGCCUUCAGCUAUCAAUACUACUGCUACUACUACCAAUACAACAGGUCCUGCUUCAGUUUUUGACGACUUAUUGGCAUUAGAUCCUCUUUUGGAGAAAGAUUCCGUCAGUGGUACUACUACUACUACUACUACUACAAAGAUACCAGUGAAUAAUCCCCCUACAUCGUUUAAUAAUUCACUGCCUCCAGGUUUAAAACCUGUUCCUUCAACUGUUCCGAUACGUCCUGCUGUUGUUAUGUCCGCAUCACAAAACAAGAAUCCACUUGAUGCAUUAGAUAGCACCUUGUCGAAUUUGGCUUCAAGUUUAGGGGGUCAGCAAACCUGGGGCUCUACUAAUUUGAAGAAGAAACCACUGGCUGAAAGUGAGAAACCAACGUGAAUUUCUAUGGAUCAUCUGAAGUAGAGAAUUCUCAGAGAGAAUACUAUUAUCUCAUUAAAUAUAUACAUAUAUUUAUAUCUCUUAUAUAACCUUUUUUCUUCAUUAUAUAUUUAACAGAAUCUCCUUUUUGUUCCUUACACUUUUUGUUGUUGUUGUGAUAAUUUUUGUGCAUUUAUGGCUUGCUGAUUAUCUUCCCAUUAUAUCCAUGUUUUCUUUUUCCCCUGUUAGUUUUCGUUAUCUUCAUGAAUGCUUUACUACUCUAACUAUGUAAUUCUAGCCUUUAAAGAAGAAAAAAACGCAUUCAUAUUUCUCUUACAAUUUUAGUUCAUCAUUUAAUACAUAAAAGUAUCUUUAUUAUUGAUUCUUCAAUUCUAACAGUGUUCUCCGAAAUGAUCACUUUUAUUCGCUUAUGAUUAUUUAAAAGAAAGAUUUAUUUCAAACAAA